GUCAAGGUCGAAGAGGAAUAAAAAUAAAGACCGUCAUGGGGGGAUAACUGGAUAUAUGGGUUACAUUCAAUGAAUGCUUAUUGAAUACAAAAAUCGGUCAGGCCUCCACUAGGCGGGCAGGUAUGCAGGGAUGAGGUUGGGUGGGUCUGUGCCCACGGUUGGGCAAACAUUUGUAAGAAGUAAACAAGUCUUUCAAUGUCGAAGCUGCUUAUCACCAGUGAGUCCUUCCACUGAACAGGGUGUAGCCUCCCCCACCCUCACUUCAAACAUCUCGCAUAGCUGAAGGCAAGAUCAAUGCUUCUUUCAAAAUAAAUAUUUAAAAGUACACAGAGUUGAAGACUCAGUUACAGUUCCUCAUACUGAAGACAAACAUAUAGUGAAACAAUUUUGGGUCAAGGAGUUAAAGUCUUGUGACAAACCAUCUCUGAUAACAUGGGAAAAUGUGUGUCUAUGUAUUCAUAUAUAUAGGGCAAGGAAAGACACCUGCAAAACCAACAUUUUCCAGAGAGAGGAAUCAAAGGGAGAUGUGCAGCAAUGGUGCCAUUUAAGACUUCUGUUUUCAUCUUGGCCCUUCACCUUCUGGAAGGGGCCCUGAGCAACUCGCUUAUUCAGCUGAAUAACAAUGGGUAUGAAGGCAUUGUCAUUGCAAUUGAUCCUAAUGUGCCAGAAGAUGAAGCACUCAUUCAACAAAUAAAGGACAUAGUGACCCAGGCAUCUCCAUACCUGUUUGCAGCUACAGAAAAAAGAUUUUAUUUCAAGAAUGUUGCCAUUUUGAUUCCUGAAAACUGGCAGACAAAACCUGAGUAUGUGAGACCAAAACUCGAGACCUACAAAAAUGCUGACGUUCUAGUUGCGGAACCUGAUACUCCGGGUAAUGAUGAACCCUAUACUGAGCAGAUAGGAAACUGUGGAGAACAGGGCGAAAGAAUUUACUUGACCCCUGACUUCUUAGCAGGAAAGAAGCUGCAUGAGUAUGGGCCACCAGGUAGGGCAUUUGUCCAUGAAUGGGCUCAUCUACGAUGGGGAGUAUUUAAUGAAUACAAUAAUGACCAGAAAUUCUACUUAUCCAAUGGAAAAAACAAAGCAGUGAAGUGUUCGGGAGCUAUUACCGGUAAAAAUUUAGUAAACAAGUGUCAGGGAGGCAGCUGCAUCACGAAAGCAUGUAGAUCCGACAGAGUAACAGGGCAGUACGAAAAAGAGUGUGAGUUCAUACCUGAUGAACAGCAGACCGAGAAGGCUUCCAUAAUGUUUGCGCAAAGUAUUGAUUCUGUGGUUGAAUUCUGUACAGAACAAAACCACAAUAAAGAAGCCCCAAACAUGCAAAAUGAGAAGUGCAAUCUCCGGAGCACAUGGGAGGUGAUCAGCGAUUCUGAGGACUUUAAGAAAACCACUCCUAUGAAUACACAACCACCCAAGCCCACCUUCUCCUUACUGCAGAUUGGACAAAGAAUUGUGUGUUUAGUACUUGAUAAGUCUGGAAGCAUGGCGAUUGGUGACCGCCUUAAUCGACUGAAACAAGCAGGCAAACUUUUCCUGCUGCAGACGGUUGAGCAAGGGUCCUGGGUUGGAAUGGUGGCAUUUGACAGUGCAGCCUACAUAAAAAGUGAACUACUGCAAAUACACAGCAGCACUGACAGAGCUGCGCUCGUCAAAAGCUUACCGGCGGCAGCUUCAGGAGGCACAUCCAUCUGCUCCGGGCUUCGAUCGGCAUUUACCGUGAUUAAAAAAAAAUACCCAACAGAUGGAUCUGAAAUCGUGCUGCUUACGGAUGGGGAGGACAACACUAUAAGCGGGUGCUUUAACGAAGUGAAACAAAGUGGAGCCAUCAUCCACACAGUUGCCCUGGGGCCCUCUGCAGCUGAAGAACUAGAGGAGCUGUCCAAAAUGACAGGAGGCUUGCAGACAUAUGCUUCAGAUCAAAUUCAGAACAAUGGCCUCAUUGAUGCUUUUGGGGCCCUUUCAUCAGGAAACGGAGCUCUCUCCCAGCGCUCCAUCCAGCUUGAGAGUAAAGGAUUGACCCUCCAGGACACUCAGUGGAUGAAUGGCACAGUGAUUGUGGACAGCACCGUGGGAAAUGACACUUUGUUUCUUGUCACCUGGACAAAGCAAUCUCCCCAAAUCCUUCUCUGGGAUCCCAGUGGAAAGAUACAGAAUGGCUUUUUGGUGGAUGCACAAACCAAAAUGGCUUACCUCCAAAUCCCAGGUACUGCUAAGGUUGGCAUUUGGACUUACAGUUUGCAAACAAGCUUACAAACCUUGACUCUGACUGUCACCUCCCGCCCAUCAAGUGCUACCCUGCCUCCAAUUACAGUGACCUCCAAAAUGAACAAAGACACAGGCAAAUUCCCCAGCCCUCUGAUAGUUUAUGCAAAUAUUCGCCAAGGAGCCAAGCCAAUUCUCAGGGCUGAUGUCACAGCCGUGAUUGAGUCAGCCAAUGGAAAAACAGUUACCUUGAAGUUAUUGGACAAUGGAGCAGGUGCUGACGCUACUAAGAAUGAUGGUGUCUAUUCAAGGUAUUUUACAGCUUAUGAUACAAAUGGUAGAUACAGUUUAAAAGUGUGGGCUCUGGGAGGAAUAAAUGCAGCCAGACAGAGGGAGAUACCCCAGCAGAAUGGAGCCAAGUACAUAUCCGGCUGGAUUGAGAAUGGUGAAGUAAAAUGGAAUCCACCGAGACCCGAAAAUAAUGAGAAUGAUCUUCAAGACAAGCAAGUGUGUUUCAGCAGAACAUCUUCUGGAGGUUCAUUUGUGGCCUCCAAUGUCCCAGUGGCUCCCAUACCUGACCUUUUCCCACCGUGUCAAAUUACUGACCUGAAGGCAGAAAUCCAAGGGGGCGAGCUCAUUAAUCUGACUUGGACGGCUCCUGGGGAUGAUUAUGACCAUGGAAGAGCUCACAAGUAUAUCAUUCGAAUAAGCACAAGUAUUCUGGAUCUCAGAGACAAGUUUGAUGACUCUCUUCAAGUAAACACUACUGAUCUGAUCCCAAAGGAUGCUAACUCUGAAGAAGUCUUUGUAUUUAAACCAGAAAACAUCACUUUUGAGAAUGGCACUGAUCUCUUCAUUGCAGUUCAGGCUGUUGAUAAGGUCAAUCUGACGUCAGAAAUAUCCAACAUUGCACGAGUAUCUUUGUUUAUUCCUCCAGAGGCUCCUCCAGAGGCUUCUCCAGAGGCUCCUCCAGAGACAUCUAGUCCUUUUGUCCCUUGUCCUGAUGUUAGUAUCAAUAGUACAAUUCCUGGCUUUCAUAUUCUAAAAAUUGUGUGGCAGUGGAUAGGUGAAUUACAGCUAAAAAUAGGCUCAAACUGAGUUUUUAUGAGGUAAAUAAAAUAAAUCAUCCAUUCUUUUUUCAAUUAUAAAACUUUCUAAAAUGCAUGUUAGACUUCCUGUAGAGGAUGAUAUAAUGAAAUAAAAUGCUGAACAACUGGGUACAUACAUGUAAA